AUGGCCCAGUUCCAGGACAACAUCCAUGGCAUCGUUGCUGCUUUCUACGUGUGCGCCAGAAGCGACGGCAGCUGCAGCCCCCUGAGCAGGGAGGAGCUGAGGCAGCUCAUUGAGCAGGAGUUCGAGGAGGCGAUGGAGAACCCCCAGGACCCCAAAACCAUCAAGAAGGUGCGGUGCUUCCUGGAUGAUGACAGCGAUUGCUGGGUUGACUUCAGCGAGUUGCUCAGCCUGGUUUUCCGGGUGGCCAAGGCUUGUUCCAAGCCACUCCAGCAGCUCCAGGAGCCAGAAGAUGGUCAAGAGCCAACAGCACAAGAGAAGGCAAGCGAAGAGCAGUUGCCAGAGCCACACAUUGUGGGCAGAGGCUCCCACAACCAGCAGGUCCCCAUGCAGGGUGUGAACAAUCAGGUCCAGGACUCCGAAACACAGGACCCAGACAACCAGGGGUGUGGAACAUCAAAGCAGGACCCAGACACCCAUGAAACCUACAUGGGUGAGACACCAGAGCAGGACCAAGACACUCAUCAAACCCAGGAGGGUGAGACGUCAAAGAAAGACCACGACACCCAUGAAACCCAAGAAGAAGAGACAGCAGAGCAGGACCCAGAUAACCGUCAGCCUCAGGAGGGUGAGACAAAGGAAGAGAACACCCAUGAAACCCGGGAGGAUGAGGCACCGCAGCAGGACCAGGACACCCAUCAGGAUGAAGGCGCUGAAGAACCAGAAGAGGAUGCAGAGACAGAUGAGAUCCUGGACGCUGCAAGCCAAGAGCAGGACAGAAACACCCAUCGGGCUGAAGAGAUUGAAACACCAAAACAGGACAUGAAAACCCACCAGGCCCAAGAAACUGAGGCACCAGGACAGGGUUCAAACCACUUUCAGAGCCCAGAGUUUGAGUCAGCAGAGCAGGACCUGAAUUGUUCCUCUGAGACACAAGGAAGAGACCCAGACAAGACAACCCAGGUCUGUGAGGCCGCUUGGCAGGACCUCGCCGAGACCCAGAAGCUGCUGCCCCCACAGCAGGGUGCAAGCCCCUGUCGGGAUCUCAAGCCCCAGGGAAUGCGCCACGAGCUGCCUUUCCAUCGUCUCGCUGAAUCCGAGGAGCUGGAGCAGGAGCUCAGCGGGGCCGAGGCUCCAGCUCACCCAGCACAACAGCAACAAGCCCUUUGGCCCCAAAGCCAACCCGCUGCAGAGCAGCAGCUCCUGCAGGCUCUCUCUCAGUGGCCACCACAGCAGUGA